AGCCAUUGUGGCUCGAGUGUUCACCUGGCCUCGGACCGUCGGGCCGUUUUCUGACUUGUGCGCGGUGGUAGCUGCAGCAUGACAGUGCCUGCUUGCUGGAAUGGGCCCCUGAGGAGGUCAGCGGUCAGGUCGUACCCUGCAUUCUCACCAGGGCGACCCUGCUGGAGGCGCAGUUGGUUCUGCUCUCCGGCCACGCGGCAGGGGCACGGAGACGGUGGCCACGGUCAGGGCCUGACUGCAGACAUAGAAGCAGAGAUAGAAGAUGAUGGCCUCCGCAGGAAGGCCACACGAGUGACUUGGCUGGGGGUCGGAGCAAACGUUUGUCUGACAGGGCUCAAGGGUGCUGCGGGGUACGCCUCUGGAAGCACGGGCCUGAUGGCGGACGCGGUGCACAACAUGACGGACCUCGCCGGAGACGCCGUGUCGCUUCUCACUCUGCGGGUGGUCGCCGCGCCUGCUGACGAGAAGUAUCCGUAUGGAUACGGGAAGUACGACGCUGUCGGGACGCUGGGGGUCGCUGGGAUUCUCCUGGUCACCGCAGGUGAGAUACUUCACCAGUCGCUCGAGUCUCUGCUAGAGGUUGUUCGGGGAAACCCGUGUGGGCUGCAGAUGGCUCCGAUGGCGCUGGGAGUUGCUGUCGUGUGCGUUGCCGUGAAGGAAAUUCUCUUCCGCAUAACCCUGCGAGUGGGGAAAGAGGCCCGAUCAUCUGUUGUCAUCGCCAACGCCUGGCACCAUCGAAGCGAUGCUCUCUCCUCGUUAGUUGUCAUGGGCGGCAUCGGAGGCGUCAUGGUCGGGCUGCCGUACAUGGACGCCGUCGGUGGGGUGAUGGUGGCCGGCUACACGGCAAAGCAGGCGGUUGAGAUCGGAUGGGGCGCAGUGAAGGGAUUGACGGACCAGCAGACGGACACGCGGCUUCUUCACGGCAUCAGAGAGGUCGGUGACAAGCUUAUGGUCGGAGGGAUCAUCACUGGAUUGUCCAAGGUGCGGGUCCGGCACUUCGGUGCCUAUUGCCUCGUGGACUUGAACGUGAUCGUCGACCCGUUUCUCUCAGUCGGAGACGCGCACAAGCGAACAAAGAUUGUGCGCAGGGCGAUUCAGCUGGAGCACCCGGAGGUGCACGAAGUCCUGGCGCACGUUUGCCCCUCGGACGUCCAGCACGACUGAGCGGGGUGGAGCGCUGCUCGAGGCCUCUUGGUCUGCUGCAGCUUUGCCCUGCCGGCAGAGGUGCCGCACCUGGGCCGGGGGGCGAGGAUCCUGCCGGAAGCCUGGCGGAUCGAGCCUCUGGGCGGCGAGCGUGGGAGAUCGGACCCACCAGCGGCCUCGUGAUCUUCGCGGGUAGGGUGUCCGUCCGGAGCGUCGUGCCGUCAUUCUGCAAGGCUAUGGCUCGCCCCUCCCCGCUGCAGGGGAGUCCUGCGUCUUCGCCGUUUGUCGCCCGGUGUUUGUUUGUCCUGGGUGCAGGGUCCAGGACCCGCUUCGCUGAAGACCCCUUUGCUCAAUGUCAAAUCGUCUUUCUGUUGAGAUCCGACGUCGCGAAACUUGCACCAUCG